CGCGAUGCCUGGAGGAGGAGGCGCGAUCCCCAAUCCAGAUGCGCUAAUGCGCGCGAUCGACAGGGCAAUCGCGGCAUCGGAGACCCUGAGAGCCAACCGGCAAUUGGCGCUGGCAGCUGGGGACCAAACCCAGCUAUCGCCGUCGCGUUCGUUGCGAGAGAAGGAUCUCCAGGCCGCGGAGGACGCAUUGAAGAUGGCCAUGGCGCGGCGCGAUCCUGCCAAGGCGAUUCCACUCCUCCAAGAAGCCGGGGCGUCCAAGAAGGCCCUAGACAAGAUCCACAAGCUCCCUAGAGAGGUUUAGGGUUUUCAAGAAGUCGCGAUGGAGGAAGAGAUUGGCCGCGUGUUCCAGGAGAAUAAUUUCGCGCUGGAGAAUGCGGACACCAUCCGGCAAUGCGUGUCGCUUUGCUCGAGCUUUGGAUUGAAGCCCUCGACUCUAGUGGAGCACUGGGAGGUGUUCUACCUCAACUCGCAGCUGGAGAAAAAUACACUACUAAACUCUCACAUCGACAAGUUUCGAGUUUUUCUACAAACUCAGCAGCGAAACGAUUUCAUUCGUGAGCAUGGGGGGAUGCACAUCUACACGAAGGAUGAUUUGGAUACAUUCUUCACUGCGGAUGCAAUGCUUGUGGAUAGCAAGACGCCCAACAAAGUGGUAGGCUCUCGAGAAGCUCAAUACAUUACGCCGCCGCAACCACGGGUUAAAGUCACUCCCAGACAAGUUCCCAGUCCGACGACGCCUUUCAGCCAACGUACAACCAAGUGCACUGUCCAGUUUGUUUUCAACGAUCACCUUCCCGACGCUAGUUCGAGUGCAGUGGAUGAUAUCCAGCAAUCCGAAGAUCUGGUUCUACGCAAGCUGAAAGACGUACGAAGGUGUCAGCUCGAGGAGCUUAGCACUGGGCUCAAGCCAGGUUGCAGAUACAUGGCUGAUCAAGUCGAAAGCAGGUUCAACGAACUCGAGAGAAGGAUCAAAAAGUUUGUCCAAGCAUUUUCAGAAUACGAAUCUGUGCCGCUGUCGCAGCAUGUUGCCUAUGCAUCUCAGGAAAAGAUUCUCGUUGUUGGAAGAGUUUGCUACGAUACAGAAGAAGCAGAUCCCAACGCUGUUUUGCUGGAAGGCAGCGUUGAGUACUCUGGGGGGCAUCGAGUCCGUUUGGAUCUUCGUGAGAUAAGCCAGUUUUCACUUUUCCCGGGCCAGAUACUUGUGGUGGAAGGACACAAUCCGAGCGGGCAUUGCCUUGUUGCUAGCCGGAUCUUUUACUCUUUACCACUUCCUCCUCAUUCGGCGCCGGAUGAUAAUCCUCUUGCAAAGAGGCAAGCAACAAAUCUUACAGUGAAGACCCAGACACCACAACCGCUACACAUGAUUGUUGCGUCAGGUCCUUUUACAACAAGUGACAAUCUUUCGUUUGAGCCUUUGAUGGAGUUACUAGCCUACGCUAGGAAUAAAAGACCAAACGUUCUAUUGCUGAUGGGACCAUUUGUUGAUGCCGAGCAUCCCCACGUCAAGCAGGGAAUCACUGAUAGAGUUUUAUCUCAUGUAUUUCAAGAGGAGAUAACGACACGGCUAGAGGAUUACUGCCAGUUUCUAGGAGCAGGGGCGAGGGUUAUACUGAUUCCCUCCACACGCGACGUGUUUCACGAUCGAAUUUUUCCUCAGCCUCCUUUUAAUAGUUUCAUGUUUGAAGAUUCAUCCCAGCAGAUAUCUCUACUGCCGAAUCCAAGUGUGUUUCGCCUGGAUGAGGUAUCCAUUGGCUGCUGCACAACAGAUAUCCUUAGACAUCUAAGCAGUGAAGAAGCGGCUCGAAAUCCACCGGGCACCUCCAGCGAUAGAAUGUCGAGGCUGGGAGCACAGCUUGUUGGCCAAAGAAGCUUUUAUCCAUUGUUUCCGCCAGCGUUAGGCACUUGUUUGGACCUGGCUGUCAAUCCCAGUGCUUUGGACCUCCCUUGCACGCCAGAUAUCAUCGUUCUAUCGUCGGACUUGGUCCCUUUCGUCAAGUCUUUAAGCUACACGCCUGGUGUGAAGCUAGACGAGUCCCAGCCACGCACAGAGAACCUCACUACGCUGCUUGUAAAUCCCGGUCGACUGGCAAAAGGGGCAAUGGGAGGGACGUUUGUGGAAGCUAUGGUGACACUGCCAAGCACUCCUCAACUAAGCAGCAUUGGAGCUAGAGCAAAACUUUCCUUCAUUAAGAUUUGACAAGCACAGCGUGGUUAUGGAGGUUGAAAGAUAUCAGAAGUUUCCUUCUUCCUCAUUAUCUCGGACACACCUUAUAUCUUCGCAGCUGUGACGAGGUCCUUAAUCUUGCGAAUGCAGUGAACUGGAAAAGCCUUUGAUUGAGCAGCGACUCGAGCUCCUGUACGCGAGCAUGCUCGGGAGUUUACUAUCAUGCUUCUUCUGGAGGAAUUAGAAACAAAUUGAAGCAAGCGUUCUCUGGAAGCAAGCGUUUAGCAGUAACUCACACCACUGUUCAAGCUUGGAAGAAACAAAAAGCUAUGCUUGUAGUUUAGCUUACCGCUUCUCUCGUUUUACCGGAGAGCAGCUUUGCUAUUUACCACAUUGCACCGUUGGAGUUUU